CACGAGGUGCUCAUCUUCAAAACAAACAAAAUGGCGGCGCACAUGAGAUGGGGACUUCAGCAGUUGUUACGGAGAACAAAUACGCCUAACUUUAGGUGUCCAGUCAAAACCAGAAGCUCAUACCGAUCACAGUGCUCGACCCAGGUCUUCAGUAAAGCCCAGCCUCUGUCCGGGAUAGGAACCAUUCACUUGUCAAUAAGACUGCUGUCCAUCCAGACUCAAGACACUCCAAACCCCAGAAGCUUGAAGUUCCUCCCGGGUAAACCUGUCCUGCAAAGUGGGACGCUUGACUUUCCCACUCCGAGCUCAGCUGGAUGUUCUUCUUUAGCCAGGGACCUGUUCGAAAUUGAAGGAGUAAAAAGUGUGUUCUAUGGCCCUGACUUCAUCACAGUCACUAAAGCAGAUGAGGAUGUGGAAUGGACAGACAUUAAGCGGCAUGCUUUGGAGGCCAUUGCUAAUUUCUAUGAGAGUGGUGACCCAAUAACAACGGGGGUGGUGCACCAUGAAAGCAGUAAUUCUGAAGAUGAUGAUGAUAUUGUGUCUAUGAUAAAAGAGCUUCUGGACACCAGAAUCAGACCUACAGUGCAGGAGGAUGGAGGCGAUGUCAUUUUUAAGGGCUUUGAGGCGGGCACAGUCAAGCUGAAGCUGGUUGGUUCCUGCACAGGGUGUCCCAGUUCUUCAGUUACCCUUAAGAAUGGCAUUCAGAACAUGUUGCAGUUUUAUGUCCCAGAAGUAGACAACGUAGAACAGGUGGAAGAUGAAGUGGAUGAAAUCAAUGCAACGGUGUUCUCAGAGCUGGAACGCAAAUUACAAGAAUGAAGACAUCCUUGAAGACAAAUGUAUUCCACUGAAUAAAAACACAGCAUUACAUAAUUUCCUCUAAUUAUCAUUGUACAAUCCUAAAAAAGAAAAUGGACACCUGCCAUAUUGUGUGCGAACGCUGUUAAGAGUUCAUGCUGUAAUGUGUACAUACCCAACUGUUGGCAAGAAAAAGAGAUACAGUAAUAUACCUGUAGUCAAAGAAUACACAGUCAUUCUUCUAUCUAGUCAACAUGUUCUGCUGUGAUAACUGAAAAUGUAAUGUAUUUAUUUCUUUUGAAAAAGAUUCAUAUUUUGAAAAAUAAUGUUCAUAGGAUGGAGAUAUUGUGAUUGUUUUUGACAGAUUAUAUGAGGUAUUUCAGUUGUUCCUGCCAUAUAAUUAAUUAAACAUUAAUGUUGGUUUCCUUA